UCAUUUCAUCACAGCUAAAUAGAAAUUAAUACUUUUUAUUGUCUUUUGCAACUCUAGCAUUUUGAGUGAGAGACAAAGUGCUAGAAAUUUGCAAUUAAAUAAAAUAUUUUGCUAGAAACAGUAAAAAAAGAAAGAAAAAUGGCGGGUAUUUCUGGUCAUUGGGCUUUUGCUUUUGGUAUCCUUGGUAACAUUAUCUCGUUCAUUGUGUUCCUUUCUCCAAUACCAACGUUUUAUAAAAUUUACAAGAAGAAAUCAACAGAAGGGUACCAAUCAAUUCCAUACGUGGUUGCUCUCUUUAGUUCCAUGCUUUGGAUUUACUAUGCAUUAUUGAAGACCAACACAACACUUCUCAUCACUAUUAACUCAUUUGGUGUCUUCAUUGAAACUAUCUACGUUGGUUUCUACCUUUUCUAUGCACCAAAGAAAGACAGGGUCCAAACUAUAAAAAUGCUGAUGUUAUCAGUGGUUGGUGGAUUUGGUGCAAUAGUGCUAGUUACUGAAUUUCUAUUCAAAGGAGUCGUUCGUGGACAAGUUGUUGGAUGGAUUUGCCUUAUUUUCUCGUUAUGUGUAUUUGUUGCACCCUUAGGCAUUGUGAGACAAGUUAUUAAAACAAAGAGCGUGGAAUACAUGCCAUUACUUCUAUCGAUUUUUCUCACAUUAAGUGCUGUUGUGUGGUUCUUCUAUGGUCUUUUACUAAAAGACAUUAACAUUGCCGCUCCAAAUGUAUUGGGAUUUAUUUUUGGUAUUCUCCAAAUUGUUUUGUAUGUAAUAUACAACAAAAAAGAGAAGGUCAUUCUAAAGGAACAGAAACUUCCAGAAAUACAAAAGGCAGCCGUAAUUGUGUCUGAUGAUAACACAAAUGUUAAUAAGAAGCUUCCAGAACUUACACAGGAACAAAUUAUUGACAUAGUGAGGCUUGCUGGUUUACUAGCUAAUACAGAUAAAGUACAAGUAGCCACGUGUCCACAUGAUCAUGCUAAUUGUGGAGUUAAAGCAACUCCUAAUGUAGAAAACAUGCCCAAGCUGCAAACUGUGGAAGCCAGCUAAUUAAUUAACAAGUUCAUUAGUAGAAUUUCAUUUGUGGAUUUGGCAUUAAUUUCUUUGUUUUGGCUUUUUAUAAUAGUACUCAUGUGUUAUUAUUUGUAUGUAAACAAAGUUAUUUCUAGUUUCUGUAAGUUUUUCUUUGCAUAAUGUGCUAUAGUACUAUUCAUUAAGGAAUAAAAUGGUUACCAUUAAAUUAA